AUGGCUCUAACCGCUGACCAAGUCUUUGAUAAAAUCGGAAGCUUUGGCCGCUUCCAGCUUUUGAUGCUCUUGAUGUGCAACAUCCUCGAAUGGUUUUGGUUUGGAUGGCCUGUUUUACUGAUGACAUUUAUUGCAGCUGAACCUAGUUGGCGGUGCGUUAACAACGACAUUAACCAAAGAAACAGUAGCCUUGGUAACAGUAGCUUUGGUAACAGUAGUCUUCGCAACACUGUCGAGUGCCCUCUUAAAGGAACCAUGUCACCAGGAGGCAAAAACUACAACUUCCGUUGUAGUAUUUCCAGAAAGUCGUGGGAAUUUGAUAAUGAUUAUACCUCCGUUGUUACGCAGGUAUUUCACGGAAGGCGAUUUUAGUAUAGGUAAUAGCAUGAUUUGUAGUCAUAUUUGGCAUAAAUGCCAAAUAUCACGUACAAAUCAUGCUAUUAUUUGUUUAUACUACUACUCUUUUUUGGUUUGUAAUUUUCACAUGUAGGUAUUUCAAAUUAAGCUGAAAUACCACUGCUCUAAGCCAUAAAAUUGCAGAAAUUUCUCAUGUAGUAGUUUAAUGAUAUUAAGAUAUAAUUCUUAAGCGGUAAUUAAUACUGCGUGUGAUCCAAAGCGCGUUGACCUCUACCCUUCGCCUUCUGGGGGUUUAAUAGACUGUCUUUAGCUUGUAUGUAUGUUUUGUUUUCCCAAUACUCGCCAAGAGAUACUCUUUCCUUCAAAUUUAGUGUUCCGAGUCACCUGCAUAUCUGGGCAUAAUCAGUUACGCCGAAAAGAAAAAGUGUCAGGUUCCCCUAGGACAUCUGUUGGGAAAACCAAACAUCUAGGCCCCCGCCGCGCCCCGCUCCGCCCCGUCCACACGUAUCCGUUUUUUGUUUGAAAACGGAAUUUUUUUCUCCGGUUUGGCCUACCGUCAACACGUAUCCGGUGAAACGUAUCUUUUCAAAACGCUCUCCAAAGGGGAGAUUUUUUAAAACGCCGGCUUUUUGUUUACGUGUGGACGGAUCCAAACAGAAGUUUUCGAAUACGAUGAUGCCAUGAUACAUCUUAUGCUUCCAGCUUCAAGCAGGCUCAGUAAGGGAUGCUAUCGUCUUUCCAUUGUUUUAGCGUUUUCGUGUGGACGGGCGAAAACGAUUUGGAUACGCUACGUGUGGGUGUGUAUUUUUGAAAACGGAGAAAAAAAUCUCUGUUUUCAAAAAUAUCAAAAAUAUCCGGAUACGUGUGGACUGGGCCUAAGGUUACGUCCAGACGAAUCCGCUUGAAAUCGAAUACAUACUAUUUUACACGAAUCAGCCCUCAGUUCACACGGAACCAGUGAACCAGCUUUAUCCUCUCUUGCCAAAGCUAAAGAAGUCUAUUUAUAGCACACUUGUGUCUUCACAAAACCCACCUACUUUAUUUUUAAUUUCUCAGUUCUUUAGCAAAAGUAUUUAUUCAGCUUGAUGAUUCUAAGCUAAUUAUAAUCUUUAAGGAGCUCCGUAGAGGAGUUUCAAUCGACUCUUUGCUCAAAAACAUGUUAUGGCUCUAUACAUGCAGAUGACAACACGGAAUUUAAAAGAUUUCUUUGUAGCUUGGGUUGAAAUGUUUGUUUUCCAUUUGAUGUCAGUCGUUUCUUUCAAAUUCACCUUAUUGCGCAUAUGAAUGCAUAUCAAGCUCAGUGAAAUGGUAAGAAAUUAUUAUUUAUUAUAAAUUAUUAUUAUUAUUAUUAUUCGUUUUCAGUUUGAUCUAGUAUGCGAUAAAGCCAUUUAUGGAACAGUAUCGUCGUCUUUAAUCUUUGUUGGCUGGAUCGUGGGUGCUCUCAUUGCUGGAGUAUUGGCUGACAAAUUUGGACGAAAGAUCAUUGUCUUCUUCUUUGGAUUCUUUAUUGGUGUCUUUAGUCUGCUGUCCGCGUUCCCAAAUGUCUACUGGCUGUUUGCACUGUUUCGUUUCUUGGUCGGCCUUGCUAUAGGUGAGUAUUCCCAAUUUUCGCAUUGGGAACUCUAACCCUGUAUUAGCUAUAUCAUAAUCUGUGUUCCUGAGUCUUUACGAGCCUUUUUGGAAGAGAUUUGAAUACCAAAGACGGUUUACCUUGCCGGUUUCAAAUGUUCCGUGUUUCGAAAUCAUUUGGAUCCUGGUGAAACUUAGGAACCGCUCUGUACUCGAAUGAAUCUUCUGCAGCGACUGUUGAGUGUUAACGCGAAUACGAAUGCCCUAAAUAUGUUUAUCAAAUCCGGAAACACUUAUUGAACCAGGAAAAUCUCUUCUGGCAAGAGAGUUCAGUUGUAGCGUAAAGCCUGGCUUCGUUAAACUAGCUUGAAAAAAAUGUUGCUUCCUCCUACGUAUUUUUACAUUCCCGUAAGCGGUUAGCUGCAGUUACAGAUACCUUUUUGCGCUUCCCGAGAGUGUCCGCUCACAAAAGCUUCCACUGUAGUACAUUACUUUUUCUAUCUUUAUAUGUUUUUCCUCGUUUGUUUUGUCAGGGGGUGGGGGAAUGAGUUUAUUUGUCAUUCUCGCUGAAUCAGCGGGUCCUCGACACCGAAGUCUUAUUGGGACAUCCCUUUGGUACUGUUGGACUUUGGCUCUCAUUGCCUUGGCUGGAGUCGCUUAUCUCAUAAGAGACUGGAGAAAACUCUGCAUAACAUCAGGGAUACCAGCCAUAGUAGUAGCUGCCUUCUGGUUGUAAGUUACCUCAAUGUGUUUUUCAAUUCAAUUUGAUAAUUUUAUAAUACUAAAAACAGACAGACUAGAUAGUAAACGUUAUUGGUUAGCCUGUGACGUGAUCGAUAACGGUGCCCCACGGAGCGGGGGACUAUUUAAUAUGUGCCACCCUAAAGUGUUUGGUUUUUGCGCUAUUAAGGUCUGAAAACGGGUAUAGACUUUGCUCAUUUUGGUGUGGAAUCUGGUAUGGUAUUCGAGGGAACUACGGGAGUCUAUGAACGUAUUUGUCGUUUCAAUUCCAAAUGAAUAAGAGAGAAAAAGUAAUGUGCGAAAAUAGCCAUCGGCGUUUGUUUUACUGUUACGGUGGCCCACUACAGUGGCCCACAGGGGACAUGCUGCAAAUAAAAAAGGUGCUGCAAAUAAAAUAACGGCAAAGUAUGCACACGCACCGUUUUGAAAUAAAGUGGUGUUGACGGGCUAAACACCACCAGAAGCGUAUGGAAUUUCCGGCGUUUGAGUGGAUACGAAUUACCCGGAAAUGAAAUAUCUCUGCGGCACGGAAGCAGUGGGGAAUGGGACGGUUUCAGUUGAAGUGCAGUAUGGGUAGAAUGGAGUGCUAGCGAGUUAUUUAUUUAUUUAUUUAUCUAUUUUUAUAUACUUGAUUUACUUAGUGACCGAUCGAGUUUCGCGAGGGUUUUAGCUCGUUUUCGUUAUUUUUCCUUUGUUUUAGAACAAUUAUUUUGAAUUUACCUUGCUAUGUUGGAAUACGUGCUUAGUAAAUGUAGGUCGAGACCUUCGAGCCGUAAAGCCUUCAAGCCUUCGUAGGAAAGGCUUUUCAGAGAAUGAGCCGUGGAUCCUUCCCAAAUUUCCUGCCGAGUUUUUUUCCUAAUGGUAUUUUUUUUCUGGCCUCCGUUCUGAUACGUGAACCGCAUAUUUGGCGAUGUCCAUGCUCACUCGCUAUCUACGCUAACAUUCAAUCAUAGCGGGGCUCCCGCGCGCGCGAAGUGCGCGUGGGACAGAGCCCCAUACUCAUGGAAUAUGGUCAACCUCUUUUCGUUUGGUUGUCACGUGAUUGACCGAGCGUACGUAGUACGUACGUACGUACGUACAUACGUACGUACGCGUCUUUAGAUUGUACGGGUGGGGUAGGGGAGACUAUCAAAAGGAAGGGAGGGGUGUCUCAGGCGUGUCUUGGCAAGUCCACAUCUUUAAUAUAGGAUUUUAGGACAUUCACAAUAUGGUCAAUUGACAGCUGUCAAAACAGGAUAGCCACUGACCAGUAUCCCAUGACCAUAUCGCGGGCUCAUGUGUCAACUCAUCGAGGUGACGUGAUUUAUUUGGAAGCUGUCCGCUGACCAGUUAAUUGUUUUACUAGAUCGCGAACAAUGUUCAAUCUCAUACUUUUACUAGUUAAACUGAUAAUGCACACAUAUUGGACAUUAAUGUUUUGAUCAAUUGACAGCUGUCAAAACAGGGUACCCGCUGACCAGUAUCACUUGACCGUAUCGCAGGCUCAGGUGUCGACCCAUCGAGGUCAAGUAUUUUUUUGAAGUUAUCCGCUGACAAGUUACUAGUUUUCAAGUGAUCGCAGGCUCAAGUUCAAGUUUUUUCUAAAUUCAUAAGAAAUAUGUUGUGUUUAUGUGCUACACAGUUAAAAUUUUGAUUGCAAACUGACCUCGGACGCGAAAAUUCAGCCAGCUGUUACAGGCAGGGAAGACAGUUGCUUUUGACUUUUCUCACCAUGGUCACGCGUUGGUCACGCUCUACGUCCAAUUUUUAUGCUCUGAUUGGUCAAAAUUUGACAGGUGAGUUCAUGCGGAAAAUUUAUGCAGCAUCUUGAAUCUUGUUUACUUUGACAGCUGAAGCUGACAGAGUUUUGUGUCAACUUGUGAUGUUUUUAACUGUCUUUUUCCACUGGAUGUGCAAAAUGAAAUUCAGCUGCUAUCAGGAGUCCUCUGUUAUUCAUGGCUAGUUUGUUUAUUGGGUUUUUGGUUGAGGAAUACGUCGCUUGUCAAAGUCGGAAAUCCGAUUUCGGAUGGCAUCGUUUUCGUUUUCACCUUGCUUGAUGCGUAAGAGGAUUGCAAAGUCUGAAGCGAUACUGGCUUUUCUUGAUACCUUUCAGGAGCUGCAUCUCGAAUGGUAAGCCAGAGAAAUUAUUGUAUUUGAUGUUUGUUUUUUUGGAUCUAAUUUAAUGAAGUCGAGCGGAGUUUAUGCGGUCAUUUAGUUUAUGCACGUUUGUAAGAUUUGAGACAAUGAUCUGACCGAGUAUCAGGUUUGAUAUAAGCUUACAGAACUUUAAAAAGCCUUUAGACAGUUUCUCACCGCAAAUAGAAAGAAAACGUUCCAAAGAAUAUUUAGUUAUAAUUCUGGCCGGAAAAGAAAGCUUUGAGCGAUUUUCUUGCCUCGAGUUCGUCUUUGAAAAAAGCAAACACCGGGAAGCCGGCUUAAAACAUAAACUUAAGCUUGAAGCUUGAAGACUCAGGAUUUUUAGGGAUACUUUAAUACUUGUCUUCCUGAAUGAAAAUUGUUGUUUCUGUAUAUGUUUCACCGAAUUAUAUUUCUUUUAUUGAUUGUUAGUAGUCUCUCUUGUAAUUUUAAUCGCUGUGCCGAUUGUUUUCAGUCGUUCAGUGAACAUCGCUUGCAGGAGUACUCAAAAUGCCGCGCGUUAAUAAACCAUUAAAUAAAAAAUAAACAGAAUAAAUUCUUUAUAAUGUUGGAGCGUAACUCUGUUAAUGUUCAUUCAAACACUCGCCACAGCUCGCACUACAAAAGUGAGAACCGGAUGGCCGUAUAGGUGAUUUUGGAAAUUUUUUUAACAGUUUAUGAAUAUUGAAUGAGUGCAAUUUGUAUUGUGAAAUACUGCUUUCUGUCCGAGGUCUGCCGGUAUGAUAAAAACAGUGCCUCAUACUACUGUUUCACCUCAGAUGUGAUGUAUAAAUGGUAUAAAAGGUUGGUUUACACGCACCCAGAUUUGUUGACAAGAUUUUGCAAAGUAAACUUGUCGAACGCAAAAAAGUUGGCCUGAUUUUUUUUUCCACUAAUUAAUCUACGGUGAUCAAGAGCCAUUAUGGCUCUUAAAUGUGAUCGAAGAUGAUUACCAGUUUUUGGGUGUACAUAUGAGGCUAUCAACUCGAUGUAAGAUUUGGUUCACUCUUGGGCUGUUUGCAAAUUAUUUUUCUCUAAAAUCAGGUAGCCUUUCCCUCAAAAGUCACAUAAAUGUGCUCUAAAGUUAACUGAAUUGUGGAGUUCGAAUACAAGUUUAUUGUUUAAUUUAAAUUAUAAAUUUAUUAAUGGGAGCCUCGCUUUUAGCCCUGGCUAAAUCUAUAUAUUAUUUCUUUAUGUGUAUAAAAUCACUGUACAAUACGCUCUUGACAUUAUGGUGAUGUCACACUGGACGAUUCACAACGACGAUUUUUAGCGCAACACAUCAUUGCAAUGUUGGAACAAUGUUGUAACUAUUUGAAACAAUGUCGCAACAAUGUUGCAACGCUGUGUUGCGCUAAAAAUCGUCGUUGUGAAUCGUCUCGUGUAACAUCACCAUUAGGGAGCUUAAGAAACAACGACGGCGACGUCUACGAAAACGUCACUUAAAAAGUGAAGUCGCGCUGCUUCAAACUUUAUCGCGCUUAUUCUAUCUUAUUCAAUUCGUCAAAUCUUGGCAAUUUUUUUCUAGGGUUAAAUUCUAAAAGACUGUAUCGAAAUUCAGAAAAAGAAGAAGAAAGUCGUUGUCUUAUUUUUACGUUCUCCACAAAACGUGAAAGUCGUAGUCAUGCAGUGACGGCAAGUAAAUGUACAAAAAUGCGUGAUGCACGUGCAAAGUCUUUGUUUUACCAAGAAUCUAAACCUAUUUCUUUUAUGCCGUUCUUGUUGACGUCGCCGUCGCCGUUGCAUAAGCUCCCUAUUAUUCCUCCCCGGUCACAUGAACAAUUUUUUAAAUGACUUUGCUUUUCCUGUGGUGGCAUAGUUUCGAAUUUUAUCGAUUAUCAUACCUCUUUCUCAUUAUUAUUUUAUCACUUUUAUACCUUAAAGCAUUUCUCCAGAGUCUCUACGCUGGUUGUUAGUAAAAGGAAAGAUGGAAGAGGCUGAGAAACUAUAUACGAAAAUAGCGCUAAUUAACCGCAAAGAACUACCCGAAGAAGGACUGAAAAUAGACACUGGAGCAGACAUUACUACAAGGCUGGGUGAUGUACGAGAUUUAUUCAAAACUAGAAGUCUCACAAAGACGACGUUAAUAUCUUGGGUUUGUUGGUGAGUUUUUCUUCAUUUAUUGACUUCUUUAAAGUUGCAUUUGUUCGACCAGACGAUUUUUGAAAAAAAUGAAGUGACGAAUGUAAGUACUCUAAACCAUGGUAAUAAUUCACUGUUACCUCGAGUAGCACGGGGCGGAAUAGUGGUUGUAGCCGCUGCCAAAUGCCUCCACCUCCACUUCCAACUUGGGUUUUUCUCGAGUUAUAAUAUUUAAGAAAGAUUUCGUCACUAACAAAUGUAGCAAGGCGAUAAAAGUGUCACUUAACGGGACAUGGCGCCGGUAAGCUCCUCGUUUUCAACCUGUUCAUAUUCAACCUGUGUUUAAUGUAAAGAGUUAAGGACCAGUACGGCUCCUGUCUAAUCUUGUUAAAACUCUGUUUGUUUACAUAAAUAAAAACGUCAUAUGUUGCAUAUGUGCAGACAAUAUACUUAUUAACCAUCAUAGCUUACAGCAUUAAAUAAAAGGACUGUUCGAUACUUUCAUUUGAAUGAUUAACCCACAAACCCAAAAACUAUCUGGGGGAGCAACCACGGACACUAUAGUACAAAGAACAACAAAUGUAUCGAUUUGAUUACUUCCAGUACAAAUCAGUACUCCAAAGUAGGAACCUUUUAGUCCUACUAUUAGUCAGCUCUUCGUUCUCGAGCUCCCGACUAAAGACAGAUUAAGUGCUUUCAACCAAGUUUAGAUCUCACCUUGCAAAUUAUAUUUUUUAAUUUUUUCUACAGGUUUGUGAACUCUAUGGUGUACUACGGCGUGUUUCUAAGCGCUCCUACUGUUGGUGGAAGCCUUUACCUAAAUUUCUUCCUAGCCAGUCUGGUCGAGCUUCCUGCGAUCCCAAUUGGUGUCUGGAUUUACAACAGGUUGAACACUACUGGAGUCUGUUUUGCCGCAUUCGGCAUAGAGGCAGCGUGGCCGAGUGGUUAGAGCGCUAAACUAUAAAUCAGGAGGCCUGCACUGAGUUCAAAUGCCGCCCUGACAGCAAACUGAAUUUGUUAUCGGGAGUACUUACCAUUUGACAAAAAAAUCCGGUUGGGAUGCUGCAGAAUUGCCACAUCAGUUACGGUUUGAAUCCAAAAAAGGGGCAAAUUUGUGUAGCGUGAGUCUGGAACGGAGAAGGAACCGAGAAAUUGGUAAUAGUAAGCAACAUUCCGUUUGGUUCAUAUCAACCGGAAUGAACGGACUACCUCAAAAAGUUCUCCUCAAUUUUCGGUUGGAAUAUCCGAAAAGUGACCUUACCGUUUACCUUCCAUCCCAAAUUUUCUGUCAAAUGGCAAGCACCCCGCUAAUCCAGAGUUCAGAUCAGUCGGCCACGCUUUUUAAAAAGCCAACUGAUUCGCCAUCUACCAUUUGGUAUUCUAUACCUUGUUAUGUUCCAUUUCAGGUUAUUAGUUUAACAAUCCCUUAUCAAAAAGCCCAAUAAUGGAGGAGAAUAAUUAAGUAUGCAUUACAAUGGAACCUCGCCUUAGGACCGGCCAUCCCGUUUAUCGCGCUUAUUCCAUCUAUUACAGUUCGUCAAAUGUUGGCAACUUUUUCUUGAGUUGAAUUCUAAAAGAUUGUACCGAAGUUCAGGAAAAGAAAAAUAAAGUUAUUGUCUUGUGUUCACGUUCUCCACACAACGUGAAAUUAGGCAUUUUUACGUCGUAGUCGUGCACUGGGCAAAGAAAUGUACAAAAAAGCGUCCAGAGGUGUUGUUUUGCCAAUCCAAACCGAUUGUGUUUUCUCCGUUGUCGCUGACGUCGUCGUCAUCAUUGCUAAAGCUCCCUAUUAUCCAACACUUCAAUGAAAAGGCAAGCCUAACCAGUGUCCCCUUCUCUUCACUGUUGAGUUUGGGGGUCGGGAGAAGUUAAUAGGCGGGAACUGAGAAUCUAGCUUCAGAUUACGGUAAUUUAAAACAAAUACACUUGUUUCUGUAUUACAGAUUUGGGCGAAAAAAGGGAGUUGUUAUUCCCAUGCUGUUGGCCGCUGUUGGAGCCGCAGGCUCAGUGCUGUUAACAACUGACGAUGAAUCGAACAAAGGUACUGUCAGUAUAGUGGAGCCCUAGAUGCCCGUGCGGACAACGGACAUCAUUCCUGUGUCCCGUCAGUCCAAACUACCAUAUCCCGUCAACCCCGGUUUACGGAUACUAUCCAUCUGAGGACUGUCUAUGACUGAAUAUCCUACCAGUGAAAAACUAACAGAAACGGUGAACGACCUUCUUUAAGUUAGUCCUGUCUAAUACUUAGUCCACCUGGCGAAGUCGCAAACUAACCCUUUGGCACGUAAUAGGUAAAGUCGCGGAUUCCAUUGUCGUGUUUCACCAUCAAUUCUUAAAAGGUAGCUUUAGUCCGAGACUAAUGAAUUAUCGUGAGUUUUCUUUAGGCUGAAUUUGUUAAAGUUACAGUUGAGAAAUUGAACCGCGUUCUCUUAAAAAAGUGUCUGCUUUAGUCUUUAUACCGAUGUGUCCAUGACAUUUGUUUUUCUGGUAACUCGCUUAAUACGGACACCCGGAUAAUAAGGACACUCUGACUGUCUGUACUAUCAAUUAAUUGCACAUCAAACGAUGGUGAGAUUUCUAAGGAGGAUAACUUCAGUUUCAGACAUGCAUGAGACUGAUUCAAUCUUUUUUGUUCUCUAGGUUUUCUUGCGGGCAAAAUCUUCCUGUCAAUGGUAUGGGCUAAAUUCUGGAUUAUGAUUUCGUUUGACGGAGUGUAUAUAUACUCCUCCGAGUUAUUCCCUACCGUGGUAAGGUAUGUAUAUAAUGUAGGGGUCCACUGCUGGACAGAAGUUUAUACUAAUGUACAGUCGAAGCUCCAAGUGCGGCCAUCUCCCAUAGGCGACCUCUUAUCCAAAACACUAACAUUUUACUAGUCAAAGCCUAUAGUUAGAAUUUCUUGUGGACGACCACCUCUUGAAAGCAACCGUAGCCACUUUUUUAAUUGGACAUAACUUAUUUUACAAUUUCCCAUUGUUUUUAACCCUGUUUUGAGAGAUGGUCUGAUCUCGUUCGAUGUAUUAUGUUCGCUGCAUGUACUGAUACUUCUUUUUAUAUAAAGAGCGUUUUAUGAUGACAUAGAACUGCCACAUCACGUAACUAGAAGUAAAGAUUGCGUGCAACAAGUUCUCUUCCCAGAAGUAGAUAUAUGUCGGGAUUUCUCCAGAGAGACUCGCCCUUUGACUUGAUUGACUUGAUUCCAGCAAGCGACUUCCUCACGUAAGCGAUCACGACCGAGUCUUAGCACUCACUUUGGGUGGUUGCUUACGGGCGUUUGAGAUGUUUUUGAUUGAUGAGCUUACUUUAUUUCCCAGAAAUGUUGGUAUGGGUACGAGCACAACGGCUGCCAGGAUUGGCUCUUUUCUUUCUCCUUAUGUUGUUUAUUCGGUAAGUAACUCCAAUGCAAGAGAAAUUUAUUAAUUUGCAGUUGUCUGUAACCUCAGUUUAGCGGCUGUGCAUGUAAUCUUAAGAAACCAAAUGCUAAGAAUAUCAUCUCUGCUAUGUUUUUGAACCCAGAAAUCAUUAAGCACAAAGAUUGUGUCUGUGCAAACUCCCAAAUAACACCAAUUGGAUUGAUGUACAAAUUCAUUGAGACCCAUGCCUUUUUAUUUCCAUAGCAACGCGCUCAUCCUAUCGUUCCAUACGUCAUCAUGGGCGUAGCGGCUCUCGUUGCCGGGUUCCUCUGCUUUUUACUGCCUGAGACCCGCUUCAAACCAACACUGGAAACUCUUUCUCAGACGCCAAGCAGUUAUAGCACUCAAGAGGAGGGAAAAUAUACCGACACUACGGACGGAGGUGAAAAGAAAGCGCUUGUAGAAAUUAAUGAGGAAUCUGGAACCGAGAAGCCAGGCAAAGACAGCACUGAAGAAGAGCAGAAAGAUGAAAAUAGAGACGAAACGGAAGUGCUUAUUUCAGAAGUGGAAUAGCCGUCAUUGUAAAAUACAGUUGUAUUAGUAAUGAUAACAGGACUGAGUGGAGUCCAAUUCGGUCUGUAAUAAUGCGAGUGAUUACUGAGUGUUUUAUCAAGAGUAUGAUUACAGACCGAAUUGGACGACACGAAGUUCUCUUACCAAUUAAUCAUAACUUUAACAAAAUUUGUGAUAUAUAAGGCUCUUUUUUUAAAAUCAAAACAGUAGAAAUUCCAUUUUUUUUUGCUAGCAGCAGUGAAAAAAAGCCAUUGAAGUGGGUACUUGAUAGCGCGUUUUGUCCAAUUACUUCGGCAUGACGCGUACUAUCCUAUUAAAUUGUCCUACUAAGGCUGAAAUCAAGGCAGUUGAUAGCCAAUCAGAUCUGAGAAGUUUGUUAUAAUUAUGAUUAAUUCAUUAAUAGUAUGUAGCAGAUAAAGGCUUUACUGAGCAGCUAAUUUGAAAAGUGCGGUAAUAACACUCAAAUAAAGAGGUGUUAUCGUAAAGUGGAGAUCAGUGACGUAGCUAGAAUCCAGAGGAUUCAGAACGUAGCAGCGCGCUUCAUGUUCCAAGAGAGCUAAAAUUGCCUCAUAACUCCGUUAUCACAUUCACCACAUUCAUGGCUGCCUGUUAACAACGUGUUAAUUUUAAGGUGUUAUCAAUAACUUUCAUUAAUGUCAGAUAGCUGCGGGACAGAACUAUAUUCGUUAGCAUUAAAUGAUUGAAUAAAGUACCAGAACUAAG